AUGUCGUCGCCAAAUAAAAGACCAGCGGAAGAUGAUGAUCAACAACAGCCAGCAAACACUACUCCAAGGUCUCGUGCAAGGUCACAACCAGGUUCACGUGCAUCGCAACGUGUAGCAUCACAGACUACUACUCCUACCCAACAACGAGCUGCCGGUGGUCCAACAUCAAGGCGACCGGCUGUUUCAUCUGAUAUUGGUGGUGCCAACAAUGAAGGAGACAAUAAUAACAACAACAAUAAUAUCAUGAUGCAGCUAGAUGAUGACAGCAACAUUGCUCCUUCUCCAGGAAUGAAUCCUCGCCAAUCCUUACAACAGCAGCAACAACAAGCGCAGUCAUCUGCUGCUUCUUCACCUCUUGCCACUAAUGGAGGUGCUCGACCUGAACCACAAUCUGGUGGCGUAUUAUUUAAAUCCACGUUAUCUUCAUUUGGUGGUUCGACCCCUUCCAAGCAGGCUACUCCUUCCAAACAAGGAGUAGCUACUCCUGGUGGAAUGGUUGGUAUGCUGAUGGGGUCUGCUCAGCGUGGACGUCCUGCUGGUGCACUACGUGCUGAUGGGUCGGAAUUACAUUUGGCUGCUACUCCGGCUGCUAGAUUGAAUGCUGCUCUACGACGUGAUUUCGCAGCCUCUCCAUUGGCAUACCCAGCUUCAUCAGACAUUGGUGAUGCUCGUCCAGGAGCCACUCACGGAAGCUCUCUAGGCUCACCAGCUUCAGGUCUUGGAACGCCAUUCGGUAGAGGUCGCAUAAACCACUCACAAUCUCCACACUCUGCGCGUCGUCGUGGUGAUGUCAAUUCUCAAAUCUUGGAUCGUAUAUUGGCACAACCUGAUCGUCCUGCUGAACAAGAAGAAACGCCUGGAACCAGUGCUGAUCCUGCAAAUGUUAAAUCAUUUGUAUGGGGUACGACGGUAAAUAUUCAGGACUCUAUGGUGAUAUUUAGAGCUUUUAUUGAGAAUUUUAAAAUGGAGACUCGCUUGAUGGCUGAAGAUCCUAAUGCUAUUAUUAUGGAUACGGAUCGUGAGCCGUUUUAUCCUCGACUUCUUGCUCAGUUGAAAGAAGCAGAAGAAUAUUGUGUCAAUUUGGAUUGUCUCAACUUGAAGCAUCAUGGUGAUUCUCUCAAACUGUACCAUCAACUUUUGCGAUACCCACAAGAAAUCAUUCCAUUGAUGGAUCAUACAUUGACCGAGUUGUUUUUGGACUUGUAUGAUGAUGUUGAUUUAGAAGGAGCCGGACUAAAGGUCCGACCCUUCAAUCUUGACCGUGUAGUCAACAUGAGAGAACUCAAUCCUUCAGACAUUGAUCAAUUGGUUACUGUCAAAGGAUUGAUGAUUAGAGCUUCUGCCAUCAUACCCGAUAUCAAGCAAGGCUUCUUUAGAUGUCUUGUCUGUGAUCAUACCGUCACAGUAGAUGUAGAUCGUGGUCGUGUUACUGAACCAACUGUCUGCCAAUUCGACAAUUGUAAAGCGAAGAACUCGAUGAGACUCGUUCAUAAUCGAUGCUUGUUUUCUGACAAGCAAGUUUCAAAGAUGCAAGAGACUCCUGACGAGACUCCCGAUGGUCAAACUCCCUACACUGUCGCGUUGUACAUGUAUGAUGAUCUUGUUGAUGUAGCCAAACCUGGUGAUCGUCUCGAGAUUACUGGAAUCUUUCGAGGUGUUCCUGUUCGUGUCAAUCCAAGACAACGAACAGUGAAAUCCUUGUUUAGGACUUAUGUAGAUGUGGUUCACAUCAAGAGAACAGACAAGAAACGUGUUGGUGUUGAUCAAAGUAUCCGAGCAGAAAAUGAAUACCAAGUCAAUUUCGAGGAAGGAGAUCAAUUACGUAUCGACAGUGCUGAAGUGGAGGAACGAAUGAAAGAAAUUGCAAAGAAACCUGAUCUCUAUGAGCUAUUGUCUCGUUCUGUUGCUCCAUCAAUCUUUGGAAUGGAUGACGUCAAGAAGGGUGCAUUGCUUCAACUCUUUGGAGGAGACAACAAGUUUUCUGAGCCAGGCCGUGGUGGUCCACGUGUCAGGCAAGUUUGGAAUUCACAGAUGACUCCCUCAACCUUACUAAACAAGUGUUCAUCCUAUUAUAUUAGAGGUGACAUUAACGUCUUGAUUGUUGGAGAUCCUGGUGUUUCCAAAUCACAGUUGUUACAAUAUGUGCAUAAACUCGCUCCUCGUGGAAUCUACACUUCUGGUAAAGGAUCGUCUGCAGUUGGUCUCACUGCUUAUGUGACUCGAGAUCCAGAUACCCGACAACUUGUUCUCGAAAGUGGUGCCUUGGUAUUGAGUGAUGGUGGUGUUUGUUGUAUUGAUGAAUUCGACAAGAUGUCGGAUCAUACUCGUUCCGUCUUGCACGAAGUCAUGGAGCAACAAACCAUCUCUGUUGCUAAAGCUGGCAUCAUCACUACUCUGAAUGCUAGAACGUCCAUUUUGGCUUGUGCCAAUCCGAUUCAUUCUAAAUUUGAUGACAAGUUGCCCAUUGUUGAAAACAUCAAUUUGCCUCCUCCUCUUAUGUCUCGAUUCGAUUUGUUGUACCUGGUCUUGGACAAACCAAAUGAACGAGAUGAUCGUCGUCUUGCUCAACAUUUGGUUGGUUUAUACUUGGAAGAUCGUCCUAACGUGUCCUCUGUACAAUUCUUGCCUCUAGAAGACUUCACAAAGUACAUCAACUAUGCCAAGACCUUCCAUCCCAUAAUCUCAGAAGAAGCUGGAGCUCUUUUGAUCAAGAAUUAUGGAGAUAUGCGUAGAAUGGGAAAACAAGGCAACCAUAAGGUUGUUACUGCUACGACUCGUCAAUUGGAGAGCAUGAUUCGGCUGUCUGAGGCACAUGCUAAGAUGAGGUUAUCGAAUACUGUUGACGCUGAAGAUGUUGAAGAAGCCAACAGACUCAUUUUGAGUGCAAUGCAGACUAGUGCAGUAGACCCACGUACUGGCCGUAUUGAUUUAGAUUUGGUGUCUACCGGAAUAUCAGCUGGAUCACGUCGUAUUCACAAUGAUAAAAGACGUGGAUUGGAAGAGAUGGUAAAAGCUAUGCGCAAGCCAACUGCACCGUUCUUGCAACUCUUCCGAGAGUUUAAUGAUAUGUCUAGUGAACAUGUUGGUGAAGCAGAAUUCGAUACUUUAUUGAAUGAAUUGGCUGAACAAGGAGUCAUUCAUGUCUUUGGUAGAACGAGUCGGGAUAAGCAAGUUCGAAAGCUCACUGGGGCUGCAUAG